AUGACUGCAGUUACUACAUGUAGUAUGGUUGCCCUACUUCCACUAUCAGUGGCUGUCCUACUGCUGUCGACUUGUGGCAUCCUUCCAACAACGGCAAAAGCCAACGAAAAAUGGGAGAAUCCUCAUCCACCCAUUCCUCUUUGGCCCGACGGGCGGAUCCCCGGAGAACGACCGGGCACCAUUGGAAAGGAACAAGUCACAUGUCGAUACCGAAACAAACCCAACGAACCAUGCCGGGAUCGGACCAUUACCAAUGUCACGUUCUCCACGUUGACUCCAUUUCUGGUCGCACACAGUGAUGCCGCCGUGAUUAUUGCACCCGGUGGGUCCUACCAUGACCUGGCGUUUGAUUUGGAAGGCACGGAUAUUGCUCGUUGGCUGACACAGUCGGUGGGCAUUUCGGCAUUUGUAUUGAAAUACCGUGUUCCCGAACGACCUUGGCUACCCUUUGGAGCGGCGCCACUGAUGGAUGCCCAACGGGCCAUGGGUGUGGUACGAAAAAUGGCGGGGACAACGUUGCUUCCGCAGUUGAACAAGUCCAAAGUGGGAUUCCUGGGAUUCUCGGCGGGGGCUCAUUUGACCGGACACCUCAAUGUCGCAUGGGAUCAUCGCAUCUACCAGCCUCAUGACUCGGCCGACCAAGAAUCCUGCAGACCCGAUUUUUCCAUCAUGGUCUAUCCGUGGAAGAGUGUCUCGCAAGAACCCGUCCAUCAACCCAAUGCCACGGCACUCCAAAUUACCAAUCAAACUCCUCCAACACUGCUGAUUCAAACAGAAGAUGAUCCCGUGCAUGUCGAAAACUCCAUCUAUUACUAUCUAGCAUUGAAACAAAAGGGAGCUGCGCCUUCCGAACUGCACGUUUAUCCACGUGGUGGACAUGGCUAUGGAAGGUGUUCCAAUUUGAUGGCGGCAACAAAGGAAACAAAUAGUUCCAGAAUACCGCACACAUAUGAGGUUUGCUCGUGGCCGGAUCGAGCUCAUGCCUUUUUGAAAAUGCUGGGUGUGGUACCCCAAUACGGUAUGCGGCUGCAGAUGAUGUCGUUACGACACAAUGAUCCACUGCAAGAGCAAUAG